GUCUGGGGGCCGAAACCAGAGAGAGAAUCCCAAAAAUGACAUCUCGAUUGCGGUGGAGCAGGGAGCGACUGGGACUCUGAGGAAAGAAAGAAAGAAAGGAAGGAAGAAAGAAGUCGGAGCUAGGUCUCAUUUUUAGGAUCUGAACCAAAAACAGACGCAGCAGAAAGGCGCAGCACAUUACGCACGGUCUCCAAUUUGGAUGCUUCUGCUUCAGCGUGGACUUUUAUUGCCUCUUUGGAAAUGUAGUUGUAUUCUUGAGAAAAUCUCAAGAAGGCAUUUGUUCUAAGUAGUUGAUGAGAGAAGUGAGAGCCGUUGAGGCUCCGUUUCCUGUGUCUGCCAGCGCGCUGCAGCUGGGCUGAAGAAGCCCCGCUGUGCUGACUGAACACCGGUCCUCCUUCCCCGCUUCAAACCACAUCCAGUCCGCAGCCAGUCCGCUCUGAAAGUCGGUGGAAAAAAAUGUGCGACCUGAUGCCAGCCUCCCAGCCCGCGGAGAAAAUCGGCAAAAUGAAAAAGUUGAGGAGAACUUUGUCCGAGAGUUUCAGGAGUAUUGCUUUCAAGAAAGAGGACAGCGGCUUUGAUGAGAUAUGUGUCACAAAGAUGUCCACACGCAGCUGCCAGGGAACAGACUCGGUCAUCAAGCCCCUGGACACCAUCCCUGAGGACAAGAAGGUGAGAGUUCAGCGCACGCAGAGUGGCUUCGACCCAUUUGAGAAGCCUGCCAGUCAGGUGAAGAGGGUCCACUCUGAGAACAAUGCCUGCAUCAACGCCAAGAGUUCAUCUGCUGGCAAGGAGUCGCCCAAACUGCGCCGGCACUCCAGCCCUAGCUCUCCCACAAGCCCCAAGUUUGGAAAGGCAGAUUCCUAUGAAAAGCUGGAGAAACUGGGAGAAGGUUCAUAUGCUACAGUUUACAAAGGAAAGAGCAAGGUGAAUGGGAAACUGGUGGCUCUGAAGGUGAUUCGUCUUCAAGAGGAGGAAGGAACGCCCUUCACAGCCAUAAGAGAAGCGUCUCUUCUGAAAGGCCUGAAGCAUGCCAACAUCGUGCUCCUCCAUGACAUCAUCCACACCAAGGAAACCCUGACUCUGGUCUUUGAAUAUGUGCACACAGACUUGUGUCAGUACAUGGACAAACACCCAGGGGGUCUCCAUCCAGACAACGUGAAGCUGUUCCUGUUCCAGUUACUCAGAGGGCUGUCUUACAUCCAUCAGAGGUACAUCCUUCACCGUGACCUGAAACCACAAAACCUGCUCAUCAGCGACACUGGAGAGCUCAAACUCGCUGACUUCGGCCUGGCCAGGGCCAAGUCUGUCCCCAGCCAUACCUACUCCAACGAGGUGGUGACCCUGUGGUACCGGCCUCCAGAUGUCCUGCUGGGAUCCACAGACUACUCCACCUGCCUGGACAUGUGGGGAGUGGGCUGCAUUUUCAUUGAGAUGAUCCAAGGAGUAGCUGCCUUUCCGGGGAUGAAGGACAUCCAGGACCAGCUGGAAAGGAUAUUCCUGGUCCUUGGCACCCCAUCUGAGGAUACUUGGCCUGGUGUUAACUCCUUGCCUCACUUCAAACCAGACCGCUUUACCGUGUACAGCGCUAAGAAGCUCAGACAAGCGUGGAAUAAGUUGGGCUAUGUGGACCAUGCUGAGGAGUUGGCCUCCAGGUUUCUCCAGUGCUUCCCAAAGAACCGGCUGUCAGCCCAGGCAGCACUGAACCAUGAAUACUUCAGCAACCUUCCUCCACGGCUCUGGGAGCUGCAGGACAUGUCUUCUAUCUUUACCGUACCAAAUGUCAAGCUGCAGACAGAGAGCGGGGACAGCAUACAGGUGUGUGCACGAAGGAACAGUCAUGGAAAGGCAUCCUCUGGCAGCAAACACUGACCUGAGGCAGCAUGCUGCACAUGAUUGCCUGACAGGUGGCUGAAAAAAGAUGAAGACAAAGAUGCUGAGAUUGAGGAUCCAGACGAAUGAAAGAGCCCCAGUUCUCUUUAUUUAUUACCUUCACAGCGUGCGUGUGUGUGUGUGUGUGUGUGUGUGUGUGUGUGUGUGUGUGUGAGUGAAUGAGUGAGAGAGCACUGAGUAGAUAUGAAUGCAUGUGUGCAUUAUGAAUGGUGCGUAAGAUUUCAGUCUAUCAUUUGCAAAUUUUGUUUACUUUUUAUAAGGUUCCAAUAACUCAUAUACCAUUGUCACAAUAUAAACAAAAGGACUUUACUAUUAGUACAUAUUGUGUUUUGUGUUUGUAACUAGCCUCCUAUUUAAGAAUGUAUAUUUGUAUGUAUGAUAUACUCAUCUAGAAACUAUAUAAUGGACAGUUUUAAUAUUGCUUCAUCUUCUCACCACCACACUGCUCUGCCAGGACACCUAACUCAACAAACACAUAUCUGAGACAUGCAGAUGAGCAAAAAUACAUCUAUAAAACAAAAACAAUGCAGUCAGUUCAAAGAAAAAUUAAUCCUAGAAGACGUAGUUUGUUAAUUUCUUUCUAAUCAGGUUAAACUCUAAUUUGUGGAACUGCAAACAACAGUAAUAAUUCUAAUGGAGGGCUCUCAGGUGGUGGAACACAUCCUCUGGUGGCCAUACUGGAGGUCCUUGGUUCUGUGGUACCUGAAAACAGCAGAUGUUACUCUGCUGACCCAGCUACUGAGAUGUGGUUAAUUUGCAAUGUAAUGUUAGCUUGUUAGGUUGCUAAUUGUGGCAUUUGUCAGGUAAUUGUCACCAUUUUGGUAUCAAUCUCAACACUAAAGUGCACAUCUAAUAGCUUGUAGUAAAUAGUAAAUCUGCAUUCUGUAUCAACAUAUUAUUUUUCUUUCUCCUUCCUGAUUUGCCAGCCUGGGAGGCUAGUUUGAAUAUCUGGACAUUUUUAAAGGAAACCUAUUUUUCACAGCCUUGCUUUCAUAGUUUUGACCAUCAUUCUUAUCAGCUCUCAGAAUAUUUAACCCACAAAUAACACUGAUGAGUUUCAGGGACUUCACUGCAAAACUGGGUGCAGUCAGACAGUUCAGAUUUGAAUGUGGAAGCAGCUUGCAAUGGACAGUUUUGGUCUUAAUAUGGUACACUGAGUUCAGGCUGAAGUCUGUCUCUCUGGGCUGCCUGUAGAGGAAUGUGCACAGAGGUCCUUCAGAGAUGUCUGCAUGGCUGUUUCUUUUAUGCCAUAGGUACAACUUGUGUCCAUUUCAGAUCCACCAAUCAGCUUGCUUUACCUGCAGAACUUUAUGAUACCUGCAAAUUUUUAUGCUACUGACAUCUAAGUUUAUGAAACUGGCCACUGGGCUCAAGGACAGAAACACUAAUGUGCAAGUGCAGAGGGCCACACAAUGCCAAAAAAAAAACACAGAGAUGAAACCAUUUUGGGACACAUGCUGGAUGAGCAAUGUUCACUGAAAUAAAUGGGCACCAUAUUAUGGGAGAUUAUAAGUUGCAUUUCAAUAUUUGUGUAAAUGAAAAUGUAUCACUAAAUCUUAUCUUAAUCCAUUAGAAUGAUGGUCAAAACAGCAAAAGUAGGACCCUGGUUGUAGAAAAAUAUUUGUAACAAGGAUUCUCCUUUAAAUUUCCAGUGGACCUCCAUGAUGGAACCAGAUGGAGUUUUGUGUUGUAAUUGAAAAGCCACUCUAACAUACAUAAAUGAUCUCUGCUGGAGAUGUUGACAGUGUACUGCACACAUAACAGGGACAGCGACAACCAGUGUGCGUAAAAAGAGAGGCAAUACUGUAAUGGACAACAGCAGUAAGUGUGUGUGUGUCUGAUAGAGACGUGUGUGUGUGUGUGUGUGUGUGUGUGUGUGUGUGUGUGUGCGCGCGUGCGUGCAUGCAUGCAUGCGUGUGCGCACAUGCUUGUGGGUGUAUUAAACAUGGGCAAUAGCUAAGCAUUGGUGCUUCCAUCCAUGUCAAUGAGCUAAUGUACAAAAGGUAAAACACCAAGGCAAUAGGCUGUGUGGCCUAUUGUUUGAUUUGGCCCACGACAAUCCUCCCUUUCACUUUAUCUGACACCAUCAAAAGAUCUGCAAUAUUCUAUCAGAAACAGAUGAUCUGUGUCAAUAACUGCAACUUUUUGUUCAGUUCAUGAGUUAAAUGUUAUAUUGAUCUGGAGCUUUUCUUAUCUGAUAAAUUAGACAAAUGUAGGGAUGAGUGCUUUGUAGGGAUGAGUGUUAGUAUGUGUGUGCAGUAUGUAUACUUUAGGUGGUAAAUAAUUUUGAUCAGUCGCUCCACCUCCAAUAUCUGCUCUCAUGCAGAGAUUUCCUCCAUGUGUGCGGCCCUCAACAUCCUACAUGUUCUUCCUACAAGUGUUUUGGAACUUUCUAUGAGACCAUGAUGAAGGUGGGCUGUAUAAUGUAGUAUCAUCUGCAAAGAUGUUUAUACUGUUUUUGGUCUUUCUUUUGACGUAUUGUGUGAAUAUAUCUGAAUAUUACAGCUUAAACAUAUGAUAAUAAUUGUGAAGUACUAUCAAUACAAUGGCUUCCUCUUUACCAAUCAGUUUGAUAUCAACUGAAACAAUAAUAUUGGCCCUACACUGUUGAUUAGCCGAAGACAUGAGGCUACAAAUGUGAAGCCAUGGAGAAUUGGAAACUGUGGAUACUUAUCAUGUUGCUCCGCAGCCUCUUAAAUACAUAUGCUCGCAUGCACACAUACACACACACACACACACAUUUAUAAUAUAGAUGUCUUGCCUGCCAGGAUAAACUACCUGUACCUAUCUAGUCCUAUCGCUACAGUACAGUAUAACCCUGCAGCCCCUCCAUGGCCCCCUCCAACCGGUAUUUGCUUUGCAGUUUGUCACAUUUAUGGACUGAUUCCGAUAUUUACAUGUCCAUCUUAAUACAACACACAUAAUGUAAUUAUCCCUCUUCUUCAUACAACCAUGGGGUGAUACUUUCAUAGAGUGACUAUACCUUAAGAAAUUGUUUACAAAAUCCACAGUCCUAGUUCAGUGGCAAAAUACAGUCCAAAGUUCAACUAUAGCUAACAGUGUGGUGCAGAAAUGACUCCUAAAACCCAGAAAUAAGUUUGUAUUUUAGCACUUUCAGUCCACUUCAAUGUCAAGUCCAAGUCAAUGGGUUUUCUGAAUCAGUAUGAUAGAUGUCUGAAAUAAGGUUUGUGGUUUCUGUGCUGUUUCUCUGGUGAAAUAAACCAGAGCGAAUUGACAAACUAUAUUGGACUAUGAUUUGUCAGGUGUCUGGAAUAGAGUGCCCUUGUUAUUCUUUUGCUAGAGAUGGAAGCAGGCAGCUGUUUACUAACCCUAUAGUGGUCUAAAAACAACAUCUGGGCAGGACACAGUGAGGGGAGGCUGAAUUAGCGAUGCUGUACACAAGUGCAAUAUACAGCUAUCAAGAGGUAUCCUUCUGCCCCAACUCAGAGAACACAUAUGUCUGAGCAAACACAGACAGGGAAUUUCUUAUCCAAAGAACCGUACCGUAAUAUUCCAAAAUUCCCAAAUGAUUUGGCAAGCUCAAAGUACUAUCCCACCCAUCUCCUUUUAUUUGUAAUUCUAAAUUUGAAAAUAAAAAUACCAAAGUGGAAAUGUCAGAAAUGUGCACAAAAAACAUCCAAAUAUCUAAAGGUGGAAAAGUAGAUGUAUCAACAAAAGAAUAUUAGUUACAGCUGAACCUUUGAAUGCAUUUUUUCACAGGUCAAGGACUAUGGACUUUGGCCCCUAUCUUUUACAGUGUAGUCACUUGGUGAUGGGGAUGGCUUCAUGAUUACAGUGGCCCAGAACACUCUCAACAUAUAGGAGAUAUGGCAUAAUAUCUGAACCUAUAUUUUAAAGAAGGAAAAGCAAAGAAAAGGAAUUGGGAUAGCGCAUUUAUCAUGACUGUAUGCCAGUCUAGCAUUUAUUUUUGACCAUAAAUAGUAAUGGCUCUGGGGCAAAAAUAUAUAAUUAUGGGCUAAACUCCCAUAAACUCCCCCUCAUAGUGUUUUGAAAAUGCACUUUAAAGAAGAAUCAGUUUGCCAUUACAUUCCAGCCUGUAUGGUCACUUUUAUGCACUUGCUUACUACUAUAUAUAUAUAUAUAUAUAUAUAUAUACACCCCUAUACAAAUUAGAAAUGUAAAUAUUGUCCCAGGUUUUGAACCUUUACCACAGAUGGAGGAAAGCUUGUAGAAAUGCUGUACUUGAAGUUAUCUUGUGGCUUUUCAGUGUCAUCCCCAGGCUGUGAUUGUGCAGCGAAAAAAAGGGGAGGAGAGGCAGUGGGUAAUGCCAGCAAAGCAGCAUGACAGAAGACGGUAAAUACCAUCGAACUGUGCCCAGCCUUGUGUGGCUUUAAGGGAUUGCAGGCAGUAUUAGCAGCUGAAUAAUUAUUUUUGGUAUGCCCCUCCCCCACCCCCUGACACUCUGACUUCUGUGGAGCUUUGGUAGCCUGCAGUCUUGUAUAAAACUUGUACUUUUAAGUCCUGUGUGGGCAGAGUUCCUGAAGGCACUCUAUUCAAACUUGAAUGUUCUUCAUAUAUUUCAAAUAUAGUCCAGUGAAGGAAAGACUAGGUGGAAUUGCACAUUUAGCACUGUGACAGGAAAAAUGAAAAAAUAUUGUCUGAAUUUCAAAGGUGGAAAUUAGUAGGGUGGUGACCCACCUUAUAUGAAGUGAAACAGUGAUGCUUCCACUAUGUUUGUAUACAGGGUUGCAAAUGUCCCCUUAAUGCUAUCAAAGAAAAGUCAUAUAUGAAUAUACAUAUAUGAUGAAUAUUAAUAUAAGGCAUCUAUUUUUGGCAUUCUUUAUCAUGUAGACAGAAGUGCUAUUGGUGGAAAAACAUAUAGGUUAGCUCCAGCGUGCAUCCUCGCUGUGCUGAAAAAUGAAUCUAUGUUUGCAACCCUUUUCUUCUCUCACAUUUUCUUUUUCUUUUAGUAUCCUGCACUGAAAAUACAUCAUUUUCACAUGUGGUUUGGAAAACAGAAGUGUCAUCAGUCACUUCAUCAAGUGAAACAAUAUAGUAUCCAGUAGAAUAGCUGUUGCAUUAUUUGUUACAACCUGUAUGUAAUGUUAUUAUGGAAGAUGUAAUGUCCUUCUGUAAAUGUUGUUUAAUGUUGUUUUACCUGAAAUAAAAUUUAUUAAUGCUUCA